AUUAAAUCGCGACAUAAAAAAAAACCUGGUAUUCAUAAUCAACGUUUUUGGGUUUAGAUCGCGUUAUUUAUAAAUGUGUCGUAACCCUCCACCACCAGACACGGCCAAUCAGUAAAAAUGUGUCACGUUGACAUAGACAAAUAGUUCACUGCUUUAGCCCACCGGUGUGUUGAAGCCACAACAUUGUGUUAAAAAAAACCUGGUGUUCGUGUUAUAGUUGUGGUGGUGGUAAUAAUAAUAAUAAUUAGGGGCAACAGGCAGCAGGCGGCGCGGCGGGCACCUACGCGGGCAGCGCCGCGGGCAGCUAUGAGGGUCCUCGGCGCGGCGAGACGCGCGGACAACAUGGCGGCGCGCAAGAAGGACGGCGGUCCCAACGUGAAGUUCCUCGAGUCGACGGACACCGUGGCGCAGUUCGACAACGUGCGCCAGUGGCUGGGCAAGCACUACAAGAAGUACAUCCAGGCAGAGCCUCCCACCAACAAAUCCCUCGCUGGCCUGGUGAUUCAGCUGCUGCAGUUCCAAGAGGAAGUUAUGGGAAAGCAUGUCAGCAAUCCCCCUCUCACUCGGAUUCCGAUGAAGUGUUUCAUGGAUUUCAAAGCUGGAGGGUCUCUGUGUCAAAUCUUGGCCGCUGUGUACAAAUUUAAAAGUGACCAGGGAUGGAGGCGGUUUGAUUUUCAAAAUCCAUCUCGCAUGGACCGCAAUGUAGAGAUGUUCAUGACCAUCGAAAAACUGCUUGUACAGAAUAAUUGCUUGUCUAGGCCAAAUAUCUACCUCCAUCCUGAUAUUGAUCACAAGCUGGCUAGCAAACUGAAGGAUAUAGUGAAACGACACCAGGGAUCGCUAACGGAUGACAAAUCAAAUGCUUCCCACGUGGUCUUUCCUCUUCCAGCCAACCACGAUGAAGACGAGUGGGUGCGACCUGUAAUGAAAAAGGAUCGCCAAAUGCUCCUGCACUGGGGCUUCUAUCCUGACAGCUAUGACACAUGGCUGAUGGCUAAUGAGGUUGACGCUGAAGUAGAGGACAUGCCCCCACGGAAUGGACCCUGGAAGGUGGGAAAAUGUUCUCUGUGCACUGUCAAAUGGAUCUUGGACACAGACACGUUUAAUGAGUGGAUGAAUGAGGAGGAUUACGAAGUGGAUGACUCUAGGAAUACUGUCAGUACCAGGAAAAAAAUUUCUGCCAAGACUCUUGGUGAUGAGGCCAACAGCCCUGAGUCGGACCGGAGGGAGAGAAGAGGCAGCAGCAUGAAAAAGCGCAAACGCUCGCCAUCUCCACCACCUGUAGACACCAAGAAAAAGAACAUCAAGAAAGGGCCGGCUACUCCAUCAGGUAAGAAGAGGGGUCAGCGGGAGGAAGACCAAGAGGACUCGAGUCGUGAUGGGGACAACUCGUCGCAGGCAGCAAGUGUGGAAGAGAACAAGCCUCCCAAGACUGAAGAACAGACUGAUAAAACAGUGGAGUCUAUAACCAAGGAGGGCGAGACUGUUGUGGGACCCAAGCCUGAUCAGGCAAAGAACCCCGACCAGUUGGAGGACAACGUAACUGACCAGAUGCACCACAUUGUUGUGCCCAGCUACGCUGCCUGGUUCGACUACAACAGCAUUCAUGCUAUCGAACGACGUGCCCUACCCGAGUUCUUCAAUGGGAAAAACAAGUCCAAAACUCCAGAAGUGUACCUGGCAUACCGUAACUUCAUGAUCGACACGUAUCGGCUGAAUCCCCAAGAGUACUUGACCAGCACCGCCUGCCGUCGCAACCUUGCUGGGGACGUCUGUGCUAUCAUGAGAGCCCAUGCAUUCCUCGAGCAAUGGGGCCUCAUAAACUACCAGGUGGACACUGAUAGCCGACCAGCAGCCAUGGGACCACCACCGACUUCUCACUUCCACGUGCUGGUGGACACCCCCUCCGGCCUGGUGCCCCUCCAACCAAAAACCACUCCGGUGGCGUCCGUGCAACCCACCCCAAACAACUCGGACAAAGCGAAGGAGAAGACGGGAGAACUACAAAACUUUGGACUGCGGUCAGACAUGUAUGCCAAAAAGGAUGGCACAUCUGCUAAGUCAAAGAUAGCUGGUUCUGGUGCCAGAGACUGGACUGACCAGGAAACUCUAUUGUUACUUGAAGGCCUGGAGAUGUUCAAGGAUGACUGGAACAAAGUGUCGGAGCACGUGGGCAGCCGCACGCAGGACGAGUGCAUUCUGCACUUCCUGCGGCUGCCCAUCGAGGACCCUUACCUGGAGGAGGGUGUGGGCUCUCUGAGCUCGUUAGGACCACUCGCUUACCAGCCCGUUCCGUUCAGCCAGGUUGGCAACCCCGUCAUGAGCACUGUGGCAUUCCUCGCGUCCGUCGUGGACCCACGCGUCGCCACCGCCGCAGCGAAGGCCGCCCUGGAUGAGUUCCAGAAGAUGAAGGAGGAGGUGCCCUCGGCCCUGGUGGAGACGCACGUGAAGAAAGUGGAGGAGGCAGCAAAGUCGUCCGGCAAGGCCGACCCCUCGUUCGGGUUGGAGAGCAGUGGCAUAGCGGGCACGGCACCCGAGCAGCAGGAGAAGAUUGAGGAGCCCACCGAGGAGCCUAAAGCUGACAGCCAGAUAAGUGAUGAAAAGAAAGAUGAUAAGGAGGAAAAGGCAGCAGAGGGUGCUGAGGAAGGUCCUAAGGAAAAGGCAGCGGAGGGGGAGAAGAAAGCGGAGGAUGGUGUCAUGGAGUGGGAAAACCAGAACAAGGAGGACAAGAGCAAAGAAAGUGAAAAGGAUGCAGAAGAGAAAGAGAAUGAGACUGCCAUUGAGAAGGAGAAGGCUGAGAAUGGAGAAAAGAAGAAAAUGGAGCGCGAUAUCGGAGAAGGAAACCUUGCCACUGCUGCUGCUUCUGCACUCGCAUCGGCUGCUGUUAAAGCCAAGCAUCUAGCAGCUGUGGAAGAGCGGAAGAUAAAGUCACUGGUGGCUCUGCUGGUGGAGACGCAAAUGAAGAAACUUGAAAUCAAGUUGAGGCACUUUGAAGAGCUUGAAAGCAUUAUGGAUCGCGAGAGAGAAGCGCUGGAGUACCAGCGGCAGCAGCUCCUGGCCGACAGGCAGGCCUUCCACAUGGAGCAGCUCAAGUAUGCGGAGAUGAGGGCCCGGCAGCAUCACUUCCAGCAGAUGCAGCAUCAGCACCACCUCCCUCCGCCAGGCCCUGUAGCCGCCGCCCCACCGCAACCCAUCCACCCGCCCCACGUGCAGCAGCCUUCGCUGAGCAACCCUCCCAGCACGUCCAGUGCACAGCCUAGCCCGACCGUGCAGCCUGCCAACGCCAACGCUGCCGGAAUCGUGCCAGCGGCACCGAGUGGGACUGGGGUCCUUGAUGCCCAGCCGCAGCCUUCAGGAGCUCAGCAGCAAAAUCUGCCACAGUCUGCAAUAGCCCAAUCGUCAACACCUGCACAAGCUGCUGCAGUAGAGCAGCAGUCAUCGGCGGGAGCAGCCAGCUCCAGUGGUGCAGGAUCACCGUCCAAUGGAGCUGUGUCCACAGGGAGCCAGAAUCCAGCCAUGGGCCCCUCUGCUCAAGACGGCACCCCUACGGAGAGCAGCCCAGCACCAGUAGAGCAAGGAAAUCCAGCUCCAAGUGAGGAUGUGGCUACUCCACCAGCUGCUGCAGCGGCACCAGCACCGCAGUGACGUCACAAGCUCCCCCCUCCCUCUAGAGUUACUGGCUACUUAUAGCUGUUGUGGGUUGGAUGUUGUAUUUUUUAGCUUGGUCUACACAUUACCCACAAUUCCUUCAAGAUAAUGUAAACUGGGUGCUUUAUAACACACAGGCCAUUAAAGCCCAGAUUUCUACGGUUCCACGUUGGUUGCUUACCUUGAUUCGGUGAUGUAUAUAACCUUUCAUAUUCUGGUACCUCAUAGCCUUAGUGAGUUUGUCAGCCAUUGAUAUAGUGUGAGGUCCUUGCCUGCUUGAUUAUAUAUAAAGUAGUUGCCAUAGACUUUAAAUAUUUUUCCCCGUCUGUAAAGUUAAAACAUACUUGUUGAUUUGAAGUUGUCAGAUAUUUGAUACCAAGCAUUAGUUAUUUACAAAUGUUUAAAUUUCAUUGUUUUUGGUACAUUGAAUAUUUUGUUAAACGUCAGAUGUAAAAACUGAUGUAUUAAACUGCUUGACAUUUCGUUUAGUACAUUCAGUAUGUGGUGAAUCGUGUUCUAUUACAUUUGAGUUUGCUGUAAUGAUGCACUCAUUAAUAAAUGUUUGCUUGACUUUUA